ACCAUGAAGUCGUUCCGUGCAUUGUUGGCAGUGAUCCUUCUGAGCCUAUGUAGUAGCAUUUCAGGAUCGGUUCUAAAAAGCAACGGAAAAAUUGUCGGCGGUGAUGCCGUGGAAAUCGAACAAUUCCCAUACCAGGUUGCCGUCCUCGAUGUAGACUACCAAAUCUGCGGAGGUACAAUCGUCAGUGAAAGAUGGAUCCUAACGGCGGCACAUUGCACCGAUGACACCAUCCCACGCUAUCUGUCCGUUCGAGUGGGCUCUUCUUUCCAUCAGCACGGCGGAGUGGUGCAUCAAGUGGAGUCGGUCGUCCAAUACCCCGACCAUGAUCCGUACGGUUGGUUGAAUGACUUUGCACUGCUGCAUCUGGAAACGUCACUGGAUUUUGGCGCCGUAGCACAACGCGUAGAAUUGGCUUCGACGGAUGCAGAUAUGGAUUUUGAAGCCGAUUGUCUCAUAUCUGGAUGGGGACGAACCAUGAAUGAUUCGCAAAGCUAUGAUCAACUAAGAGCAGCACACGUGCGGUUGGUGCCUAGGGACAAGUGCAACCAAUACUACGGCGGAAAGGUAGACGAGAAGAUGGUUUGUGCGGGUGGAGCUGGACAGGACUCGUGCCAAGGUGACUCCGGAGGACCGUUGGUUUGCAACGGAAAACAAGUUGGAAUCGUUUCUUGGGGAAAAGGAUGUGGUAACUAUCCAGGAGUUUAUGCUAAUGUCGUGUUUGCAAGAAAUUGGAUUAAGCGUAUCACCGGAUAUUAGCUCAAACGGUAAACACUCUUCUUUGAAUAAAUUGUCCUGCAAACCUAA